AGUUUCGUGUUUUGAUGGACAAGUUUUAAGCAAGGCCAGUUUAUGAAUCCCAAAAGGUGCAUUUUUUCCCCCUCAUAUCAUGUACUUGUCUAUAGUGCUACUUUGAUGGCAUUUGCGUGCAGCGUCUACUCGUUUGAAGUUAUCCUUUCUUGUUUGAUCUUGUGGUUUUGAUUUUAAUCUUAUGUUUCAAUUACAACCACUCAGGAUUACGAGACAAAUGAUUGUCUGAGUAAGCUUCCCAAUCAAGUUUUGGGGCUUAUAUUGUCGUUUCUGACAAUAAAGGAAGCUGUUCAAACUUGUAUUCUUUCCCACAGAUGGAUGUGCUUGCGGAAGUAUGUUCCCAAGCUGAACUUCGAAGAUUCAAGGGCGAUGAAGAGGAUCAAAGUUUCGAUGAGCAAGGAUGAGAUAGUUGACUGGGAAAGAUGUUGUUUUAUUAGCUUUGUGAAUCGUGUCUUGGAACAAUCUCUGGGUGAUAUUGAUGAAAUGAGGAUAAAAUUUGAUUUGGAUAAUCUUUGCAAAUUUGAUAUUGAUAAGUGGGUGAAUUUUGCAACGGCUAGGGAACUCAAUAAGCUCGAAUUAGACUUUUUUCCUGCAUUGUUGAUCUACCGAAGACGUCCUGGUAAUAAAAGCUUCUUACCUCCUAAGUAUCUAUACACAGUUGACUUUAAGCCUACCCUAAAAUCUCUGCAUCUAAAUUAUGUUAAUGUUUCAAAUGAAACUGUGACGCUUCUUUUGGAUUCCUGCCAGCUCCUUGAGAAUCUGUGGCUCGAGUUUUCAGAAAUUUUAACUAGUGUAACCUCUGCUUCCUUGUCACUACCUUUGAAGCAUUUAACAGUUUUAUACUGCUUUAAAAUGCAAACAAUUGAUGUAUCUGCUCCAAAGCUCUUGUCGUUAACAUAUUUUGGUGACCCUAUUGAGUUCAAUAUUCGAAGUGCCUCCUCAUUUUUGGAGCUAUCUGUUGGUGGUGAUAGGCAUGUCAAAGUAGCAUAUGCUUUUGAACCUUUGGCAAUAUAUCUUUCACAAUUGAAGUAUCUACAACUGCGGAUGCGCUUUAUUCAUGGGAAUAAUCUAGCGAUUGAGCACUCACCUGCCUUCCCAGAUCUGAAGCAUCUUGAGCUGUAUGUUUUGGCUGAUUUUAACGAAUCCCUCCUCGGAUGGAUCCCUCUGAUUAAGGCUUGUCCUAUCCUGCAGAAACUGACUCUGAAGCUUGAGGGUUCAGGUCAGCCCUCAUGGGAAUUUCAUAAGCGUGAAGGAUGCCCUCUCCGAUGCUUAAAGACUUUAGAGGUUUUUGGUUACUAUGGAAGUCGCCUUGAUGAUGAACUUAUCACAUAUGUGUUGGCGAAUUCUGUUAUUCUCAGUGAAGUAAUUUUGGAUGUGACCUCAUUGUGGUCUAUGGAGCUGAAUGAAGAUGCCGCCAUCCGUGCUAGGAAGCUCGGAGAUAAAGUUCCAAAUGGUGCAAAACUUGUUAUAAAGCGUUCCAGUAGUGAGGAGAUAUGGUCGUUAAUUACUUGAUCACACUAAUCUUAAUUACUUGUACUGGUUAGAAGAAUAUGAUGCGUAGCUAUAAAUUGUAGUUUGUUGCAAGUACUUGGGAAGUCUUGUGUGGGAUUUUUGUGAAUCAUUUUCCAUUUUGGGUUGAAAAUUGAAAUUGACUAGAUUAUCAAAGCUCAAAUUUUACAGAAA